AUGAGCAGCCAAAACAAAAACAACAAGGCGUCUGCGCCGCAGCUGCCUCUAGUUGCUGAAAAGAAGCUGCCAGCAAAAUGCAAGCCUGGUUUGCUCGCGUAUUGCCCAACGAUGGACUUGGUCGCCCUUGCCACCGAGGAUGAACAGUUUAAUGUUUUCCGGCUGAAUGGUCAGGAGGUUCUCAAUGUUGAUUUCGCGGGAGAUCCCUAUCUAGAUGAAGUGAAGGGAGAGGUGCGCGGCAUUGCCUGGAAAUAUGACGGUCAGCUUCUAGCAGUUGCCGAUGCUGAGAACAAGCUUCGCAUUAUCAGCUCAUUUAGUGGCAAGACAGUGCACAACUUCUCAACCUGUUCUGAGGACAAUAGAGAAAACGACAACGCCCCCAGAGUGACCUGUAUGAACUGGGGCGUGAAUUUUACCGAUUUCAAGACCACCCGGGCUUAUUUACAAGAUUCCAACGGACAGCUGACGGCCGAGGACCUGCUGGUCCCUGAUACCGACCCUGUCAGAGCCGCGAUGCUGCUCAAGGCAGAUCUGCCUCGUGAACUGGCACUUUUGGAUGUGGAAAGUUCGCUGCCUAAAUUAAGCACGCUAUCAGGAAGUGGGAAUGACGAAGACGUCUUCAGCAGCCGUGCUUCAAUUGACGCUAUUUUCCACUCACCUCAAAAGAGCUCCAACGAUUCGGUAGACGUGCUUUUUGUUGGCUUUAACGACGGAGGAGCACACCUUAGAAUUUUCAAUUGCUUUGAAAUCGGCAAUUUUUCUCUGACGUCAAGCAUCAACCCAACGAAGCCGGCUGAACCAUUGGUGCACACGUCGCAUCCAAUGAGCUCAACACAUGCAGUGUUGAUUUCAGAACAGGCUGAAACCGCUUCUUCUCCCAGUCUAAAAGUCGUCACGCUCGACCUCCGAUUCAUUGUCAAAUGUGGGCGUUAUCUAUCCCUCCUCGCCUCUAAGACAACCCAGCUGCAGAAUCUUCUCAGAUAUAUCAGUCAAACUCAACGACAGAUUAUGAGUGAAUGGAAAAAUAUUUCUGAGCUUCCAGCCCGAUUCAUCAGGAGUAUUGCCGAUGACUUGCAGGACAAGUGCCAUUGCGAUUUUGUUACUGCUUUGUACCAUCUUGUAGUGACAGGCAAUUGUUUCCCGCCGGUUAAAGAGUUUUUAAUUGAUAUUGUUGGCGAACGGGGACACAAGCGCUGGGACAAGACAGUUUCUGCAGGCUACGAAAGUCUUCGCAGACUAAUUCACGAAUGUCUUCUACCGGCACUAGAAAGAUGCGAAGUACUACUUAGCCGGCUUAUUGGAAUAUCCAAAUUUCACAAACUCAAUCAUAUCCUCGGCCUUGAGACCCGAGAUCUACAGGACAUCGUAGAGACGGCCGACUCUCUUCAUCUACUCUCCCACACUAUGCUAACCAAAACUAGCACCGAACUAGCCCAGUUCUUCGAGUUUGCUAGGUGGCUCCGCCAUGAGAUUGACAUUCAGACGGCAGAGCCCAUGUCACAAACGUUGUCUGAGUUGUUGGAAAAGAGUGAUGAUAUUGACCACGCCGUCGUGCUGGAUUAUAUCCAGGGUGCCUUGACAAAUAGCGCCCUCUGUCUGUUUAUCCCUUCGACUCCUAGUCCUCCGACUGGACCGAAGAAGUGGUGGGACUCGGGGGAAGAACACCAGGGUUCUUUUUACGAAACGUACAGACACACGUUAUCACUUCAAGUAAAGGAAGAUCAACAACUACAGCAUCUAGAUAAAAAAGAGGGUUCUCAAGAAAAUCUUCCAAAGCUGAACAAUCUCAUUGACCGGCUUACUAGCCAGUGUGACAAAGUUUUUGGGCAAAUUGCUCUGACGCAAAAACGGAGUAUUCUCCACCACUAUUUUCUCGAACUUCAUCCCGACUGUGAUCGAGACGUGGUUGACACAAUUAUGCAACACGAGGUUGUCAAUGGCAAAGAGUUGUUUUUCAUAUAUGUGGCUUCCAGGUUAAAGACUUCUCCGCACACACUACUUAUAUACCGCGCUUCACUUGAAAUAACCAACGGUGUUAGCUCGCCGAAAGACAUUCAAGUGUCUUCCACAAGCUUAUCAGGCGGCGAAGUUAAGCAAGUGCAAUUCUUAGAAGACGGCACCAUUGCCGUUCUCCAUACAGACGAUGCAAACAAAUCGCACCUCUUAAACUUUUCCAUAAGCCCCUCUCGGGCAGAGACAAACACCGAAGAGGAAGCCAACUCGAACCAAUUUCAUCCUCGAUAUGAAUCUUACAAAACCCCGUCUAAUAGUACACCAAUUCUUCCAGAACCACUGAAAGUCGACCUUGGUGGUGACGAAGCAGGACUAGUACUCCAUUCUUUCUCUCUGUCAGGGUCAAAAUCACGGCCAAUUCGUUUAAGCGUUAAUGGCCGUCGUAAGGACAGGAGGGCUGUCUGUGUGCUUUAUGCAGAUCAGAUUCAGUAUGAAGUUCUUGAUAUUGAUAAUCAGGCUCAUGACGAGGACGAGACGAUGGAGGAAUAG